UGAACAUGCCGACUGCACAGCUGUUUUAUAGAACAAGUUGGCAGUUCCCCUAGUUGCACAACAGAAAAAUAGAAACAAUUUGUUAUAAAUUAAUGAAUUAAAAUGUCCAAGGCUGCAGCUAAAUUAAAAUCCCUUAAACGGGUUGCAGAGCGAGUGACGCACACUACCAAAUUGAAGACAAAUAUACCCGCCGGCAUGGCAGCGGCUGGACCGCCACUGGGACCAAUGCUGGGCCAGCGUGCCAUCAAUAUAGCAGCCUUCUGUAAGGACUUUAACACCAAGACUGCAGAAAUGAAGGAAGGCGUGCCAUUACCCUGCCGCAUAUCCGUAAAUAGCGAUCGUACCUAUGACCUGACCAUACACCAUCCGCCGGCCACGUUUUUCCUGAAACAGGCAGCGGGCAUACAGCGCGGUACAAUGACGCCCGGCCGUGAGGUGGCUGGCAUGAUAACUUUAAAGCAUUUAUAUGAAAUUGCCCAAAUUAAAAUCCAAGAUCCGCCCAAUGUAAUGCUUACCAUGCAGCAAAUGUGUGAAAUGCUCAUUGGAAUCGCACGCACCUGUGGCAUCAAAGUGGUCAGAGAUUUAGAUGCGACAGAAUAUGGCCAAUUUCUGGAGGAACGCAAGGUUAUUGUGGAAGAGCAGAGGCGCGAUCUGCAGGAGAAACGCGAUGCCAAGAUGUUGCGUACAGGCUAACAACGCACAAUGGUCUUGUUUUCCGUUUUAAUUGUUAAUAAAGAUGUAAAAUUAAA